CAUCACGUGACGUGGAUACGGAGGGGGCGGCACACUGACACCAUCACAUCAAACAGCUGCACCUGAUCGGUGGACAUUGACGCGAGUUGGUGGAAGGUACCACACUUGGAUUCUGGACAACCUGUGGCCUGAACAAUCCCUAGUAGACGCCACCCAAAGCAGGGAGGAGUCCUGUGUCUAGACGGACUUUACGCUGACGUUACACGUACACCAUGGAAACUUUGUAUGUGAAGAUUAUAUCAAUAGGUGUCAUAUUCCUCGUCACCUUCCUCGGUGCAGUCCUGCCCUACGUCUUGCUUCGCAAGCUCUUACAGAAGAAAACGUUUGCAAGCGACAACAUACUUUUACUGCAGAGUUUCGCCGGGGGAAUAUUCCUAGCCACUUGUCUUGUGCAUCUCCUUCCCGGGGCACGUGGAGCCAUGACACGUGCCUUCCCGGACGUGACGUACCCUGUGACCGAGGCGUGUGUUGGAAUCGGGUUCCUGGUUAUGUACGUGACGGAGAACCUUCUGAAAAUGUGUAAAGAGUCCUCCGUGGAAUCCAACACCACACUCACAGUCAAUUACAGUAAGAAUUCACAUGCCCAGGAAAUCACCAAAAGAGAUUCCAGUAUUCCUCAAUACAUUCGCUACGGAUCUGUAGGGGAAUCGGACGGCAGCACCGAGAGCUGUCUGACGUCACGCGAUAUCAACAGAGACUUGAACAACUCCAGUGACGAUGUGAACGUGACGAACACGGAUCCCGUAGAGGACAGCGGGGUCGCUGAUAUCAAGGUGACGGUGCAGGACACUACUUCCGGUCAACCACAGCCGGUCGACAUGAGCGGCUUCCGGUCGUUUGUUCUGUUCAUAGCAUUGUCUCUACACACCGUGUUCGAUGGCUUUGUGAUAGGUAUACAGACGAGUACUAACUUAAUGUGGACAUUGCUGGUGGCCAUGAGCUUCCACAAAGCUCUGGUCGCGUUCAGCCUCGGUCUAAGUUUUGUUGAGUCCCACACCAAAAACCCCCGCUCAGCUUUGUUUUAUCUCAUCUUCUUCUCUACUGUAGCGCCCCUUGGGGCCGGCGUGGGUACCGCCCUAACGGAGAGCAGAUUGAGUACUGAGGGUCAAGCAUAUGCCGCGGGGUUCCUCCAGUCGCUGGCUACUGGGACCUUCAUGUUUGUCACGUUUUUCGAGUGUCUGCAGGCUGAUCUGUCCGGAAAACGACACUUAAUCAAACUGAUGCUGGUCAUUGUAGGAUUUAGCUGUGUUGCCGGUUUGCGGUUUCUUAUAAGUGACGGGUAACCGAAUGGAACAUUUCAUGCAUAAUAAGUCUCGUUAAUAGUCACCUUGUUGGGACACGUUCAAUACGCUGUGCAGUGUUGCGUCCCUUAGGCGGGCCAGUAUCCUGUUAUCGUGGGUAGGAAUCUAAUAAACACCCGCAUUAUUAAUUCAUACAUAUGACUCAAAAUAACAUGGACUAUGGACAAUUAGCCAGCAUAGAGCAGAUUAAUCUCCUUGUUUCGGUGAGUCAUCCACAGGGACACUACCAGUGUGACACUGUGUGGGGUACUUUCUCGGGGAUAUAUCACUAUUUUGGCGGCCAGUGAUUUUUUUUAUUAUACAUGACCCAUAUAUCGCUUUCUUCAUUUUGGAGCAGCGUUACAUGAACAGCCCGUCAAUGGCCGACAUCUGCAUCAUGUUGCAGAGCUAUCACCGCCGAGACCUGGAGCUAUCGCCAGUGAGAGUUGACUGAUUGUGACGUUAUCAGUGUGGACUGUGUCAACAACUACAGAUAUAGAACUCUAAAUAACACUGUUUAAAACAGAAACUGAUGCGUCUGUUCCACAAGGAUGUAAAGAGGAACAUCCCAACUCGAUUCUAGUAUUAGCACAGUAUUCUAGUGUUCGAUUCAGUUUUGUUCCAAAGUGUCACACCGAAGACCUGGGUUCGAUUCCCCACAUGGGUACAAUGUGUGAAGCCCAUUUCUGGUGUCCCCCGUCGUGAUUUUGCUGAAAUAUUGCUAAAAGCGGCGUAAAACCAUACUCACUCACGCACUCGUAAGUGAAGGCCAUCGGCCCAUGGUUAUAUUUGUUUUACAAUGGACCUGAUGUCCUCAGAUCUAAUUGUUCUGACAAUAAUGUACUUCGAUGUGACAUCGCUCGAUAAAUAUAGAUAGAUAGAUCAGUUGCAGACAUAAUGAUAUGAUUACAUUUUUGUUUGGUUGCAUAUUCAUAAUAUUUCUUUGGUAAGUAAUCCACCCGCAGCUUGUUACGACCAGACAAAAAGUGAUAUUCGUCCUUUACAUACCCAGCAUUUCAAACACAAUAUUAUCUUCUGGGAUAUUAGCGUAUCUCUUAAUUUCAACGCAUAGCUAAUGAAAAAGAACCCAUGUCAACCAUUCUAAAAGUAUUGACGUUCACACAGCUAAGGUACAGCUCCGUACCAAACGAUACCUUGAAUACAGGACAAGAUAAAGAUUCACUAUCCUUUUCCAGAAUACCAAUCCUGUUCAUGACUAAAUAUUCAGACACGACAUAAAUUCUGAAAAAAACGCUUGAGGAUGACAAUCCACUGGCUUUCCCAAAGAGAACCAAUACCCCAUCUGAACAGUAACGAUUUACAUUUUGAUUACUUUCUGUCUGAAGCAUCAUAAUAAUGUCUCUGGAUGGCAAUAAAUCGGACAUUCUCAAUAA